AUGCCCCCUCGCAAAGGCAAGGCAAACGAGUCAACCACGGUCGACACGGCGCCCGAAUCCAAGUCCCCAGCCGCCACAAAGAGCCGCAAGCGCACCUUCAACGCGUGCCAGCCAUGUCAACGACGCAAGAGGCGAUGCAAUGGCGCGAAACCCCGUUGCUCAGAAUGCUCGCGCGGCAACAUCGCAUGCACGUACAGCGCUGCGAGGAGACUGCGCGGCAAAGGGAAAAUGAAAGCACAGCUCAUAGCUCUAGAGCAGAGGUUGAAGAAGCUCGAGUCGUCGCCACAACAGCAAGGCGGCCGCGCGGAGGCCAGUCUUGCUGAGAGGCAACAUGCUUCAACCGACAAGAGAGGCGAUGAUGAUGACCCUGCCGGCUCGACGAAUGCGCCUGGCAUCCAACAACCGAUCAAGGAGGGCGACACGACGUCGGCACCGCGCCGCUCAUCCGCGCGUUUACGUGACGCCUCUCAGGCAGUCGUAGCCCUUCCACCCGGCCAAAGAGCCAUGUCGCGCGCACGAGACAGACUGUCGUCCAUAUUCGCCGAGCUGCAGAGCCUCCAAUUCUCCGUAGACGACAGCCCCUUUGCGCGAAGAGUCUUCGUCCCGCUCCCCAGGCAGGAUGUCGCCUCUCGCAUCCUGCGGUCCCAGCUCGAGGUCCUCCAGCUCCACGGCAUCGUCUUCAGCAUCCGACACGUCCUCGGGCUCCUCGAGGAGCAGUUCUUCCGCAGCGGCAGCGGCGGGGGAGGCAGAGGAGGAGGAGGAGGCUUCAAAAGCUCAAUUGGUGGUGCAUGUGAUGACGAUGAUGACCCCUCUAGGUGGGCCUUGAUCAACGCCCUCCUCGCGGGCACCAUGCUGUGCAAGGUCACCAACGAGUACCCCGAUGCCUACACGCGCCCUGUCUGGGCCCUCUUCAAGAAUGCCUUUGCGGUGUUUCCCGAGAUCAGCAUGAUACGCAGGCCGACGAUCCGGACGUGCGAGGCGCUCGUCGCCAUGAUCUUCUUCCUGCAGGGCACUGCGGAUGCCCGUAUGAUGGCGCAGCUCGUCGCGACGCUGACCAGAGCAGUGCAAGAGCUGGGCUUAUUACAUGGCCGAAAUGCGGUUGCCGGACAGCCUCCGGACGAGGCGGAGCGUGCGAGGCGUAUCCUGUGGGCGACAAGUGUGCUUAGUGCCGAUGUCGCGGACUCAUUCGGUCUCGCGCCACCUGCCGGACUGAGAAGCGUGAGGGUUGAAGACGACUGGAAGCCUGACGAUGGCCCAGAAGCUCGACGCAUGUCUGUGGCACGAGACAAGAAUGCAUCCUCAGAAUCGCCAGACAUACUUCGUGCCAGGGCAACGCUGGCCGCCAUCCAACUAAAGUUGUACGAAAUUGCACACGACGCAGACUCGCUCCACGGUGACAACAUUACAGGUACGAUCCGGACUGUCACGGCCAUUCACAAAAAGCUACAGACAUGGCGAUCUUCAAACGGUGCCAUCAUCGACCAUCACGCGCAAGGACCACCCGAUGAGGAAUCGCACCUGCCGCGGAUUCUCCUCAGCUUUAUUUACACCACAUGCGAGAUCAAGAUUUACACCACACUGUCCCAUCUGGCAAGCCGGCUUGCAAGCAGAACAAACCCGUCUGUAAAAUCCAGACAGGAAUGGACUCACCGACAACAGGAGUACCGACAAGACUGCGCAGCCAAAGCGCGAAGCAUCAUCAACAUGCUUCCUGCCCUGCCGGUCCAUCCAUUCUUUCAAGUCUGGAGAAUGAUCCGAUAUCCGCUAGCGGCAAUGCUGGCACUGCUUUUUGCUGUGCUUGAGCACCCUCGAUCUCAUGGCGUGACAGAACAUCUCCACGCCAUGCAGAGGUUCAUUGAUUACCUUGUGCGGCUCAAACAAGAUGACUGCCACGUCGACGUGAUGAUCGAGGGAUGCACCAAGCUUGUUGAGCUGGCGAAAUCAGUCGUACAGACGUCCCCAGCACAUGGGCAAGCCCCAGCUGACGAUAGCUUGGCAUGCCAGGUCGAGGUAAGUAAUACAGGUCCCUAUCACGUUUCACACUGCAGCUGAAGCCAGUCGACAAAGGUAAUCCGUCAGAAAAUGGAAACAGUCAGGGAUUGGCUUCAACUCGCUCAAGGCUUACUCACAAACAAUCCCGUAGCAUGCUUCAAGGCCCGCGAGGUGCUUGCAUCUGCUCUGGAAACAGAUGUAUGUGGUGACGAAGAUGGCUAUGGGCCCUUUGUCCCGGACAUCUUGAAGCCAUACAAGCACAACCUUCUAUAUGUAUAGUGCAUGAUGCUUGUAGACGUAGGCAGAAUGCGACGAAGGAUGGCCGUGAAUCAUCUGCCCUGAUGAUUCAUCUAGCCAGAGAUCGAUCAUUGAGAUUGUGGGCGCGCGAGGUAUGUUCUGGCUAUUUAGCCUUGGCUAAUGACGGCUGAGACCAAUGAUAGCUUGCGGGACCUUUCCUGAGCCUUUACCCGAACGUAUCCGAGAGACCGAUGGUAGGAAUCCUGCCCCUAGUUUCCAGCCGCGUCGGGGCCGAGCAUGCAUUGAUCUGUGGGCGAAUGGCGGGGAAGGAUUAAGUGCAGUUGGCGUUGCCAAUUGGAGAAUCGGCAUACUUCGUACGAACGAGAGCUUUUGGCAGCCAGACAUCGAGCUUCUCCUGGUCCGUUCAACCCAGACUGCAGGCGGGGCACUUUCAUACACACUACUAGAG